AUGAUCAACAAAAUUAGAAACUUCUUUUCUUCUCCGAGUAACGAAUCUGAUCAACAAUCGGACAUGGAUCCUAUCGAUCAUAGUACAAGUAGUAACCGCAAUAACAGUCAAGACAAGAGAAGAAAGAAUUCCAACAAUGACAACAACAACAACAACUCCUCUUAUAUACGACGAUAUCUCAAUCCUCCUCCUUCUCCUCACUCUUCUUACUUGUUGAACUCUACCAAACAAAGUCAUCAUCACAUUUAUUUACCAGAAUCUGUCAUUGCCACAAGUGGUUCUUGUCGAAAGUUCCAUGUCAUGAAAACAAAUACUUUUUAUGCAUCUCAUCCCUCUUCACAACAUCAGGUCGAUUCUGAAGGAUUUAUCAAACGAACAUGUUUUGCAUCUGUGAAUCUUCCAGAAGAUUUUGGAACUAUCGCACAAGUGUUGUGUGUUUCGAAUCGAAUCUAUCUUCUUGAAGCAGGUAGUGGAAGAGUCUAUGUCUAUGACGUGGAACAUUCUGCCACUCCUGUUGGAUACAUGAUCAAAUUUGAUGGAGUGAAAUUAAAAGUACUUGCUAUUCGUGGAGAUUCUUAUGGAAUGCUCUAUUGGGUAUUUGAUUCAACAUUGAAUCGAUGUGUACUCUAUGGUGGAGAUCAAAAUCAUUAUGACAAUGUUGGAGUGGAUAUUCCAAAACAUGCUCUAAAUUUAGAUUCUGCAUUGGCUUUUGAUCCUUAUUGGGAUCAGAGUGGAGGUAUUACCAAUCGAGAAAUUACUCAUGUGGAAUGUGCCUAUUCAUUGAGUUUUUGUGUGACUAAUCAUUGUGAGAUUCGAAUUAGUGGUCAAGUGAUUUGGUGUAGACCUGGAAACACUUCCACCACUUGGAGAGAAAUUGUAUUCACAACAAAAAGACCAAUUAUUAAUUUACAAACUCAUAGUUUUGGUUUUGUUGCUCUUCUUGAUGAUUCAACUAUUUGUGUGGGUGGUAGUAACAAUCACUAUGAAAAUAUGCAUGCAACCUCAGGAAGUUAUAUUGAUAUUCAGUACAUUAAUAAUUUAAAUUAUGUUCCAAAAGAAAUAUAUUGUACCAGUUACACAACUAUUAUUAGAACCACUGAAGAUAAAUUUAUUGAAUAUGGAAGAGGAUUUGCGAAUAGAGGUACACAAUUACCACCUACUGGAGGACCAUUUGUUAUUGAUUCCACAGUUGCACCAAGUUAUUUGAAACAAUUUAAAUCUCAUUAUGUAUUAGAUGAAAUUUAUUUGAAAGGUUCAAUGAUUGCAUUAUCCUAUGAGAAACCAGAUUUAUAUUUUUUAUAUUCUGAAGGAGGUGUGAAUGGUUUUGUGAAAUUGGAAGAUUAUUUUGAUUAUUCAACAAUAAUGAACCAUCAAGUGAGAGGUGCUUGCAAUACCUCAUGUUUUGUACUCUAUGCAACCUAUCCUGAUGUGAACACCAUGUUCACACGAAUGCACAAAAAGUUAUUUGAAAUUUUGUGGAGAGAAGAUUUUCCAUUGAGUGAUGUUGGAAUUGUGGUUGCUGAUCGUUGCAGAAAGUUGAGUGAAGAAGAGAAUGCAGUAAGUGAAAUUGGAGAUGAAAAUUCAAUUUAG